GUAAUCGUAGACGUGCGUGGCGGUAUAAGAGCUUGCACGGAGGGUCAAAGUCAAUUGCAGGUUGAAACUGUGCAAUGAAGGUCUUGUUCAGUCUGUUCUCGUUGGUGGCCCUCUCGACUGCCCUCGGGCAGAGGGAGGACGUGUGGUGCAGGUGCGCGCUCAUGGUGGACAGCGACCCCAUGCUGUACAUGGUGUACGACCUCGGCGAAGCCUUCAUCGAGGCCUGCAGUGAGCACGACAGGUGCAAGAACCGCUGCUACGACAAAAUCCGAGCUGCCACCAACGAGAUGGACUUGUGGUCUCAUGAUGACAGCGGCUUUACUAUUGGAUCAAAUAUUUGCCAGUAUCUUUUUUCGUCCUAUAAUGUCGAUCAGUUUAACAACAAAUACGUUCACGGGUAUUACCAGGUAUGCGGGGGCCCCUGGGAAUACACAUUCCAGGAUUCCCAACAGAUGCUUUGCUGCAACAUGGGAAUACAUGAACAUUGCAUCACCCGGAACUAAGCCCGCGCUGCAAUCGAUGUUGUAAUUGUUAUUAUGUAUCAUGAUUUUUGUUAUUAUAAUUUUCAUUAUUAUUAUUUUUUGGCGUUGAUCUUAUCAGUUAUUACGAGUGUAUGAGUCUUUGUGAAUAUUUUAUAAAAGUUUAAUUAAUGAUCAAAAAAGUUUUUUUUUCAUUCACAUACGUACGUGCACUUGGUAUAUUAUGCAAGCUAUUUUUUUUUUUUUUUUUUUUUUUUUUUUGUAUCGACAGAGUGCCUUGCCGUUUAAAAGUAUUUUGGUUUAUAUAGAUGCAAAAAAGUAUUUGAAAAAUCCCCCUGCGAGUUCUGUAUCAACCUUUGUUCUUAUGUUUCUUUAGAGAAUAAAUACUGUUACAAAAAUGAUAACCACAUUCA